ACAGGGCAGGGACAGUAGAAGUGAAAGUAAGAGUUCAGACUCCAUUUUGAGUCGGCAGACGGAGAACAAGAAGGCCAGAGGCAGGGACGAGGAGCUCAUACACAUGGAAGCCAUCAUGAAAGAAGGAGAGAAAGAGGAGGACAGAGCAGAGUCUCCAGGAUCCAGUUCUCUGUCUAUGAAGAGUGACAGGUCCAAAGGUGGACUUCCAGACUUCAGUAAUGAACCUGGACCCUCAGACACACAAGUUCAGUCCAACAGACAGAGAGCAGAGUCUGCAGCGUCCAGCUGUCUGUCUAUGAAGAGUGACUGGUCCAAUGAUCAUCCUCCAACCUUCAGUAAUGAACCUGGACCCUCAGACUUAAAAGAGAGGAAGAGGAGUUGCUGUGUUUUGUGUCAGGACGUCCUGAAGGAUCCAGUCUCUACCAGCUCUGGACUCUGGUUCUGCAGACAGUGCAUCACCUCAUACUGGUACCAGUCUGCUUCAUCAGGAGAUGCCUCCUGUCCCCAGUCUGGAGAAAGACCCAGAACAAGACAAACAGAUGAUGGUCUGCAGGAGGUUUUAGAUGAACAUAAGAUCGGUCUGAGGAGGAGAUGUGAACGUGUGACUGAAGGAACUGAUGAAACAGGAAGUGGAACCCUCCUCAACAGGAUCUACACAGAGCUCUACAUCACAGAGGGACAGAGUGAAGAGGUUAAUACCCAACAUGAGGUGAAGCAGCUUGAGACAGCUUCCAAGAUGGAGACCCUCCAUGACGCUCCAAUCAGGUGCCACGAGAUCUUUAAAGCCUUACCUGACCAACAGAGACACAUCAGAGUGGUUCUGACGAACGGCGUCGCUGGCGUUGGAAAAACCUUCUCAGUGCAGAAGUUCACUCUGGACUGGGCAGAGGGCUCGAACAACCAAGAUGUCAGUCUGGUGGUUCUGCUUUCAUUCAGGGAGCUGAACCUGAUCAAAGAUGAGCAGUACAGUCUUCUCAGGCUGCUCCAUGUUUUCCAUCCAACAUUACAGAAGGUCACAGCAGAGCAGCUCGCUGUCUGUAAACUUUUGUUCAUCUGUGAUGGCCUGGAUGAAAGCAAACUUUCACUGGAUUUCCACAACAAUGAGGUUGUGUCUGACGUCACACGGAAGUCUUCAGUCAAUGUGCUGUUGACAAACCUCAUCAAGGGGAAUCUGCUUCCCUUGGCUCUCGUCUGGAUAACUUCCAGACCUGCAGCAGCCAAUCAGAUCCCUCCUGAAUGUGUUGACAGGGUAACAGAAGUACGAGGCUUCACUGACGCCCAGAAGGAGGAGUACUUCAGGAGGAGAGUUAGUGAUGAAGAUCUGUCCAACAGGAUCAUCUCACACAUCAAGACCUCCAGGAGCCUCCACAUCAUGUGUCUAAUCCCAGUCUUCUGCUGGAUCACUGCUACAGUUCUGGUCCACAUGUUGACUACAGACCAGAGAGGAGAGCUGCCCAAGACCCUGACUGACAUGUACUCAAACUUCCUGCUGGAUCAGACAAAGAGGAAGAAGCAGAAGUAUGAUGACGGACAUGAGAAGGGUCCACAGGAGCUGAUGGAGGCUGACAGGAAGGUUCUUCUAAAGCUAGGGAGGCUGGCGUUUGAACAGCUAGAGAAAGGAAACAUCAUGUUCUACCAAGAAGACCUGGAGCAGUGUGGUCUUGAUCUCACAGAGGCCUCGGUGUACACAGGAGUUUGUACAGAGAUCUUCAAAAAAGAGAGUGUGAUCUUCCAGAAAACAGUCUACUGCUUUGUUCAUCUGAGCAUUCAGGAGUUUCUGGCUGCAGUCUACAUGUUCCACUGUCACACCAACAGCAACACAGAGUUACUAAAGGACUUCCUUGGAAACAAAUAUGUUAACCUAACUCUGGAUGACUUCCUGAGGGAAGCAAUGAUGAAAUCCCUGAGGAGUAAAAAUGGCCACCUGGACCUGUUUGUUCGCUUCCUUCAUGGCCUCUCUCUGGAGUCCAACCAGAGACUCUUAGGAGGCCUGCUGGGUCACACAGACAACAGUCCAGAAACCAUCCAGAGAGCCAUCAACAACCUGAAGGAGAUGAACAGUGAUAAAAUCUCUCCUGACAGAAGCAUCAACAUCUUCCACUGUCUGACGGAGAUGAACGACCACUCAGUCCAUCAGGAGAUCCAAGAGUUCCUGAAGUCAGAGAACAGAUCAGAGAAGAAACUCUCUGACAUCCACUGCUCAGCUCUGGCCUACAUGCUGCAGAUGUCAGAGGAGGUUCUGGAUGAGUUGAACCUGAAGAAGUACAACACAUCACAGGAGGGACGACGGAGACUGAUUCCAGCUGUGAGGAACUGCAGAAAGGCUGUACUUUCUGACUGUGGACUCUCAGAGACUCACUGUGAAGUCGUGGCCUCAGCUCUGAAGUCCAACCCCUCCUAUCUGAGAGAGCUGGACCUGAGUAACGACAACCUGAAGAAUUCAGGAGUGAUGCUGCUGUCUGCUGGACUGGAGAGUCCACACUGUAGACUGGAGACUUUGAGAUUGAGGAACUGCGGUUUGUCAGAGAUCAACUGUUCUUCUCUGGUCUCAGCUCUGAAGUCCAACCCCUCCCAUCUGAGAGAGCUGGACCUGAGUGACAACAACAACCUGCUGGAUUCAGUAGUGAAGCUGCUGUGUGGUUUUCUGGAGAGUCCACACUGUAGACUGGAGACUCUGAGAUUGAGGGGCUGCUGGUUGUCAGAGAUCAGCUGUUCUUCUCUGGUCUCAGCUCUGAAGUCCAACCCCUCCCAUCUGAGAGAGCUGGACCUGAGUAACAACAAGAACCUGUAUGAUUCAGGAGUGAAGCUGCUGUGUGGUUUUCUGGAGAGUCCACACUGUAGACUGGAGACUCUGAGAUUGAGGCACUGCAGUUUGUCAGAGAUCAGCUGUUCUUCUCUGGUCUCAGCUCUGAAGUCCAACCCCUCCCAUCUGAGAGAGCUGGACCUGAAUAACAACAACCUGCAGGAUUCAGAUGUGAAGCUGCUGUCUGAUCUUGUGAAGAGUCCACACUGUAGACUGCAGACUCUGAGAUGGAGGUGAUCACAGUCAGACUCUCAGUGGUGAGGAAGGAGGUUGCAUUGGAGGAUCCACUGUGUCCUGAUGAUCCAGAGAGGUUGAAGCAGCAGCAUCAGCUCUGACUGGGCCAUGUUACUGGGAGGUAGAGUGGAGAGGAGAGCUUCAUCCAGCAGUGACUGACAGAGGAAUCACAACCAGUGGAGACAACGCUCAGUGCUGCAGUCUGAACUGCUCUGAGAUCAGCUGUCAUGUGACAGAGUAUCCUCAGUGUAUCUCGAGCGCUCUGCUGCUGCUCUGUCCGUCUACAUUCUCUGCAGACACACUGAGACUGCUCCACACUCAGACACCUCCUCCACCUGGACCUGGACUUUCUUCUUGUCUUCAUUCAGAUCUUCUGAACCCAAAGUGCCUCUAUACAUAUCUGUACAUAACUGUACAUUUAAAUUGCACACAGGUAAAAGGACUGUGAACGAAUAUAAAGUCUUUAGUUUUCUCUGGAUUUCUUUGUGUCACACCUGUACAGAUAAACAGAUUCAAAAUCAGAUAGCAGUGUCACAUGUAAUAAAAGUUGAAAUAUAA